AGCGAACACUUCGAGCUAGCGGCGCCGCUGAUACGUGCCGCUCGCGUGUUUCCUGCGUGUCACUGGGAUUUUUGCAACAAUAAUGUGAACUGAGUGCCCUGGGCUGUCCGCAGAAGAGGAGAUUGUAGUGCGGAGUAGUCGCCGUGUGAACGUUGCAAAUUUUCGGUUGUUGUGCGUGCAUCGAUGUUGUCGCCUUGGCACGUUCUGCUUGAACACGGUGUAAGUGUGUCGAAAUCUCCGCGAAGGUCCUGCAAGGAGCCAUGAUUGAGAACCAGUGAUUGCACCUCCACUUGCAAAUCGCCGUACAUGAGAAUAUCAAAAUUUGGGAUUGGCCACCACGGAAAAGGGUGUCGGCAGCGGAGCGUGUCUUCCACUCACCGCAGUGUUAUAGAUGAACACGGCUCAAACUAGGGAUAUAUUUUGUUUUGUUCUUGGACAACGAGGAAACCGCUCCCAAGUGUCUGUUCUCUUCCUGUUCCUUUUGCGUGCGGCUUGCGUACUGACUUUGCCUUGAGGCUCUAGAUAGCAAGGAGGAUGAGCACGAGUACACAAGGAUAGGAACAAAUCAUUGGAUUUACCUAAUCUGGACCUCGCGAACAAAGACGACCGGGCCCAGCGGCAGCAGACGGACGGUCACCGCGCGAGUUCCGGAAGGCGUUGUUCUUCACUUCCGGUGCGGCGCGCGCAUCCGGACCGGCUGCGACGGCGGCAGCGAGCGGCAUCUGCACCGGCGCCUGCACAGCCGAUAGGCGAGGGCAGGACCCGAGCUCUUGCCACGUCGUCUGGAAGGGUUCGCCCGCUGAAAGCUCCAUCAACACCCUAUAGGCUCAAGAUGAAGAAGCCUGGUCCCAGUGGCUGGAGCCUCAGGAUCAUCCAGAACUUCGGACAGUGACUGCCAAAGCUCGUUGGCGGUCGCAGCACUGCAAUGUCUAGGCAGAUGAGCGACCGCAGAGGAAUCUAGCGACCGACAUCGGCCGCGAGAGCGAGCCUUCGCCAGCAUUGCAAGCCACAGCUGCUACCGCCGCCAUGUUCAUUAACCGGCGCUGCGGUGUCCUGCUGGGGGCGGUUGUAGCGGCGGUUGUCGUCUGCUCCUGUGAAGCAGCGCCGUCUGCCUCCAAGGGGGCCCUGAAAGACGCCAAGCCUGGUGCCUCCACGCAGAGCACGGCCCUCGUGGUCGUUCCCCUUGAAACGCUGCCGGGGCCGACUACCCACGACAACGCCACCGCGGCCAACGAAACCAUAGCGCACAACGCGACGACUGUGCCGCCUGCUGCCGCGAACCAAACUGUUCCCGUCAAGGUGCCAAACACUACGAUGCACGAAGGAGAUGCCGUGCUCCACUACGGCGGAGUCUCCGGCGGGGAAGUUGUGAAGAAACCACGCCCUCACACUUACUUCUUCACUUCUUGGAUAACAUGGCGGGAGGACAACUACCUGAUGAGCAUCCUCAUACCGAUCGGAUGCGGGGUGGCUGCAGCUGUGCUCAUCCUGUGCUCCUUGGCCUGUAUUGGGUGCUGCCGCCGACGGUGUCGAUCGCGCAGCCGCCGUAAGAUGCACCGCAAGAUCGACCCGAAAACUUUCCGGAAGAUGAAGGCUGCAGACCGAAUCAAGCUGCUAGCUGCAAGUUCGGACGAAGAAUUCUGACCCAAAACCUGAGGCUGCACUUGUUGGGGAAAUGUCUGAUUGCGGCCAAGCAAGGGUGUGCAAUGGAUUCUUCAAGAUGCCGCUUGACCUCUUCAGACUGGACUAUUAGUGGUGGCAUGCAUUGAACAUUGUGCUAUACUUGGCGGGGUCUAUAAUGGUGCAGUAACGCUAAGGCAUGGGCAUACUGAUGUCACUGUUUUGACGACUCUCCCCCCUUGAGUAGUUGCAUAUCUUUUUCACAUCUCGUCGAAAGGGAACAGUCUGAACAGUAUUCUAAAUUCAGCAUUCUGGCGUGUUGAAGUUGGUGAAUGGCUGGUCUGAAAUUGUCAGCUGGUUUUUGCCAACAAACCACUUUGAUUUUCUUGUGCUUCCGAAAGCCUGUAGCUGUCUUGCGUGCGAGUUUUCAGCUCAUAACAGUGCUCUGAGGUGGUUUCGUAGUAGCUCUCGUUUUCAAUACCAUUGCAGGAAUUCACUAAUCCUCUGUUAUCUCCCCAAACUCCGAGUUAAGAUUUAGGUUACAAAAUACUCUUAGUUCCGAAUAUGCUAAGAGGUAGUGGUUAGGUUUGUAUUGCUGAAGGGUGACUGACAGGUUAUUUGCCCGGUUUGUUACUAAAAUAAAAAAAAAUUCCUAGAAUAAAUAGCUAAUAUUUUUACUCGAGCUGACUUUUUAAUUUGGCACAUGAUAGUGCGAUAGAUUUGGCACCGAGCAUUUGCGUCAUACUGUAAUUUUGGGGAUUGUAAUUCAUUCUGAAAAUAACGCGUGCCUCAUGCAGUAAUUUCGCGGAUAUUAGACACCGCAGAUAUUUGAAACACUGUGUUAGAAAAAUAAUAAGGGGCGCCUAAAAUGUGCCAGAUGUGCUCGUGGGGCCUCGAAAGUACCGGUCUUCAAGCUGGAAAAAGCACGAAAAAAAAGCCCGAGGACUCUUCGCGUAAAUAUGGGGCUGAUUGGAGUGACAAACGCAAGGAUGAAGUAUCUCUUGAACAGUGCCUCUGACGUACAAGCUCUCACUCCUUAAUCGCCGCUUCAGAUGCACAUUAGGGGCAACUGCUUAGUACCAGUACACGGAAGCUAUGGCCCCCUAGAGAGCAUCUUCGCGUGCUGCGGCGGUAUAUUGUGCCGCCAUCCGCCGUGCACUGGCGAAUUAAGAACGUUGCCUCAAAGAUUUGCGCACACAGCAUCUUGUCUUAUGACUUACGUUUCUGGGACCAGACGUCACAGAGGAGGCUUCAAACACCGUGACAAAAAGAAGCACAAACACCCCAUAAACGUACUAGCGCAUGUAAAAUUUUGCAAUCAACUAUCUUGGAGUUGCAUAUGACGCAUAAGAGGCUUCAGACAACAGGCUUGAAGAACCGGCGCAAAAAUUGAAUAUAACAGGCUAUCUCAAGUACGAUCUUUACUUGAAAGUACUUUCGGUACAAAGUUCGGUUCAACUUUCUCAGCCACUGCUAAAAGUAGAAAGCUCGUAGCUUGGUUGCCUACAUGGACAAAAUGCCGGCUCCUCGCAACCAUAAAAGUCACAGCGUUACGUAUAUAACCGACCUGUGACCACCUAUCUCAAGCGCAGUAGCUAGAGUAACUAACCUAUGAAAAUUAAUUAGUCACGAACAACUUCCCCUAAUUCUUACAGCAUGUUCUUUCUUGUUCUUAUUAAGACAGUGCAAUUUACAUUGAUUGCGCUAUACGUUCCGUUUGUGUUGCCGAACACAAGCAGCCUAGCUAAUGAAUCGCACCAUUUCUGUGUGGCAGAGUAUUUACAAGUAAGAAGCGGGGGCAGCAAUCUAAAAGAACUGUACUCGGCAAGCGAGUGUAUCCGUGUAAGCACAGGCGGAUAAAAUCAUCGCCUAUCGAUUUCUUUCAUCACUCGCCACCCUGAGGCUAAUAAGACAGCAAUGUGUGGGGGCACUGCUGUUAAGGGGCUGCACAGCAGUUUCACAGCGCUUGUAAAUAGCUAACGUAGCCUUCUUGGACACCUUCAGAUGUAACGUAUUCACAGCCGUCUGAGGUCUAUCCCCAGGAAGAAUUUAUGUACAGGUUUGUGGUUAUUCGGUGCGUAGUUAUGUAUUUUUCUCAAGUUUUCAGGUUUUUGUUUCGUUUUUGCAUAAAGUGCAUGACGCACUGCGUGCUGCUUUCUAAAUGCCAGCGCACUGCUAUUACUACAGUGGCCUGACUAACAUAGUUUCAUGUUUUGUGCACACUUUCACAUCAACUUGGAAUGUCAGUUGGAAGCAUAAAUCAAUAUUUGUUGUACAUGUUGUUGAUUGCAUGCUGCAUAGUGGUGACUUAUAGCUUAAAAAGCAAUGGUGUACUUCCUCAUUUCGGUGGUGUCACUGUGCAUAUUGAGAACAUUUUUGUCGCUGUUGCUCUUCCAUUACGACCUUCCUUUUUCAUUUUUCAUCAUUUAAUAAUGUCUGCAGUUAUUUCUUCAAACUUCACUAAGUCAUCCUCUUGCGCGCAGAUUGUUUUUUUCAAUAAUGUUUUCUUGGUGCUUGUAGUUGUGUUGCUGCCUGUAGUGAGUGAAACUAUUUUCGUCAUUCUUUUUGCUUGAAUGAACAAUAUGCUUUAGCGCACGCCAGGGCUGCUUGGUAUAUUUUCUUUCCGAGUGAAAGAAUACCGACACUUCCCUACAGUGAUGUAAGAUAUUUCAAAAUUUGACUAGACACCUCUCCUAGGUUUAGAGGUGGCAAAUGCGGAUGAGAAUUUCUAGUCAUAAUCUUUUCCUGCACUCAGCAUACUGAGCAACUCCUUCACCUGACACUUUCGUCCCGCGUUUCACCACUGUAUUCCUUCUAGUUUCAGUGCUUGUAGAGAACAUUGAGUGAGUGCACGGGUGUACUUUUUGUAUGUAAAUAGUGUGGACUAAAAGGCCGAUCUGAAGGUGCUGGCUGAUGACAGUGUCCACAACUCUCUCGUGUACAUGCGCUCAUUGAAAAAGAAAAAAGAAUAAAGUGUGUGGAUAAUAAAGGCA